UGCAACGCCGCCGCCGCCGCGGCAAGGAACGAUGAGCACAGCGGGGGAAUUAGUGGAGAGGAAGAUCAUCGAGGUGGAAUGCCGAUCGAUGCUCGGGCCCACCAUCCCGCCGCUUGCUUUUGCAAGGCACCGACCAUCGUGGGCGCAAUGGUUGCACCCACGGGACUAGGGCAAGCCCGUGAUGUCGUACGCAGCACCUGUCAACAGCAGCGACCCGGCCUGGGCCCAGCUCAGCAUUAGCUACGCCGAUUCUCUUUCUACCACGUUGCAGAGCUGGCCCAUGUUCGCAAGACAGGCCAUCCUGGGUCUAGAAAUCCUCGCAUCUUGUCCUGCCGAGAUUCGCAUCGUCCACCGCCUGUUCCAGCGCGGCGGUAAGGCCAACGUCUCUGAGGGCCUAUUCUUCGCGCUCAAAUACCUGGCGAUUACCGCUUUCGUUGCCGAUGUGGUCAACACUCUCUCUAAAGGCAUCCUGACUGAUCGAGGCUGCGCUGCUAGCGCGUGGGUGUCGGCUUUGGCCUACUUCCUCGCAUCAACUAUUGUCACCCUGGCCAUCGCUUUGCGGGCAUACAUCGUCUUCGGACGAAACAUCAGAUGCCUUCAAGCGACUGCGGUUCUUUGUUUUGUCCAUCUGGCUGUCGCAAUCCUGGGCAGCAUCUCGAUUGAUAAGGCGACAUGGUCCGUCCUUGGCUUCUGUGUGCCGCCUCUGGAAGGUCAUCAGCACAGCUUGAUCACACCUAAGCUGGUCCAACACAACAUCGGCUUCUGGUUCAUCAUCUACUCCAUCUUUGUCGACAGCUCCCUUUGCGUAUCGACAUGUGUACGACUUGUUAGGUCCAAAGGGCCUGUCGGCUGGCUCAACGUCAGCAAGCUUCUCUUCGACAACAGUCUCCACUACAUGCUAGCCAUGACUUCCAUCAACCUGGUGCAAGUUCUAUUGAUGAUCCUCAGCGGCGCCUCGCCCUCCCUCUCUCUGCCCACAACGCUCACGCUGGCCAUCUCAGUACAGAUCUGUCUGGCGUUGCGAUUCUUGACCCGCGAACAGGAUAUGGUGCACGGUCGAUGGUCAGCUGUAGCGCCGGCUGUGCCUCCGCCCAUGAGCUCAGGAGCUCGGUCACAGUCGCAGGCAGAAAGGAAGAGGAAGAUGAGCCAGCGGCCCACGAUCAAUGGAGAGUUAGCGAGCCCGGUGAGCCCAAUAAGCCCUUGCAAUGACGGGGCGUCCGGCAUGCCAGCAUCGAGCUUGACGGCUGCGAGCAGCAAGCUACGUCUGCGAGACGACGGAAGGGGAUUCACCUCGCUGGUGUGCGAGCGUGAGAGUGACGACGCUCCCGAGGGCGACACAGAAGGACGGGUUCGCAACAAUGACUAUCAGCCUCCUCAGCUCCCUCCCAAGAUUUUGGCUCAUCAGAUGUAGCUGGGUCGAGAAGGAUGCGAGCACGGUGGCAUCGCGCGUCACGCGCUUAUCUCCGAGUCACUACGUGAGCCAAUCCAGACCUCAGUCAGCCGAGACACGAGUUACGUCGAUUCAUCGCUCCCUCCAAUACACUUGCU